CAGCGAUCAUGGCCGUGGUGGUAUAAGAAGCAAAGAAGCGUACCACUGCUAGGAAGCGAGCCUCUCUUCGUCUGACCACCACUGAUCUCCAGAGUAGGCAGCACCGGGAAGCAACCUUUCUGCUCAGGCUAGCAUGGGGAAGGUGUGCUGCAGCAGCGAGUCGGAGGAGGAGGCGGGCUUCAGCUUCCUGGGGCUCCUCGUCGCGGCCGUCAUCGCCUUGGUGUUCAUGCUCCUCUGCACGCCGCCGAAGCGGCGCUGCGUCACCAUCUACCCGUGCUGUUGAGGCUGAGGAGUCUCCAAGGAUCUCUGGUUGCUGGGAGGAAGGUUCGGUUGUUCAUGGGAGGGAGCAGGCCAGGCAAUGGUUCCUGGUUUUCUUCGGUUCAGAAAUAAUUUCUACACUACUGAAUUGUAGGACUCGUCGAAACUGUAAGCCAUAUUUAUCGGCAUAUUCGGCUGUCCAUCUCCAUCUGUAGCAUGAACUGAUACAUACAUCUGGGGGGAAUAGAUAUCAUCAGACUUGUUAUGUUGUUUUCA